GCUAUGUGGAUGUAAUCUCACCACUCAGUCCUGUGAAAUUCUGUCUUCAGCUCUACAAUCCUCCAUCUCAAACAUCCUGAGAGAGCUGGACCUGAGUAACAAUGACCUGCAGGAUUCUGGAGUGAAACUUCUUUCUGAUGGACUGAAGAGUCCAAACUGUCAGCUGGAAAUACUGAGGUUAUGUGGAUGUAAUCUCACUGCUCAGUCUUGUGGGAGUUUUUCAUCAGUUUUACAAUCCGCAAACUCUGUCCUGAGAGAGCUGAACCUGAGUAAUAAUGACCUGAAGCAUUCUGGAGUAAAGCUUCUUACUGAUAGACUGAAAAGUCCAGACUGUCAGCUGGAGAUUUUGAGGCUAUGUGGAUGUAAUCUCACUGCUCAGUCCUGUGAAAGUCUGUCUUCAGCUUUACAAUCCUCCAACUCAAACAUCCUGAGAAAGCUGGACCUGAGUAACAAUGACAUGGAGGAUUCUGGAGUGAAGCUUCUCUCUGAUGGACUGAAGAGUCCAAACUGUCAGCUGGAGAUUCUGAGAUUGUCUGGCUGUAUGGUGACAGAGAAAGGCUGUCGUUAUGUGUUUUCAGCUCUGAGUUCAAACCCCUCACACCUGAGAAAGCUGGAUCUGAGCUACAAUCACCCAGGAGAUUCAGGAGUCAAACUACUCACUGAAAAACUGUUGGAUUCAACCUACUCACUGGACAAACUCAAUGUGGAUCAUGGAGGAGAAUCCAGGAUUACAGCAGGACUGAAGAAAUAUGCCUGUUUUCUCACACUGGAUCCAAACACAGCACACAAUAAACUCAUUCUGUUUGAGGAGAACAGAAAGGUGACAUGUGUGGAUGAGUAUCAGUCGUAUCCUGAUCAUCCAGACAGAUUUGAUGAGUGGUAUCAGGUGUUGUGUAGAGAGAGUGUGUGUGGACGCUGUUACUGGGAGAUUGAGUGCAGUGGAGAUUAUCAUGUGGAUAUAUCAGUGUCAUAUAAGAGCAUCAGCAGGAAGGGACGUGGUGAUGACUGUUGGUUUGGACCUAAUGAUCAGUCCUGGAGUUUGAUCUGCUCUCCUGACAGAUACUCAUUCAGACACAAUAAGAUACAGACUGUUCUCCCUGUGAAGCCCAUCAGCAGUAGAAUAGGAGUAUAUGUGGAUGUGAGUGCAGGAACUCUGUCCUUCUACAGCGUCUCUGACACAAUGAGUCUCAUCCACACAGAACAGACCACAUUCACUCAGCCGCUCUAUCCUGGGUUUAGUGUUUAUUAUAAAUCAUCAGUGAAACUGUGUUGACGAAUCAGAAUAGACUGAUGAGAGAUUGUACCCAUAAUGCAUUGAGCUGAUGAUGUUAUUGAGUCUCUUCAUGACAUUAAUACUGCAGCUCAACUUCUGUCACUCAAAUAACAGAAUAAAUGUGUCAGAAAUCACCAUAUAGACAGUAA